AAUAAUAAAAACAACGACAAGAUGGCGGCUGUGGUGUUAAGGGAAUAGCAGACGGUUGUUUAGAAAGUGAUCCUUAUUUAUUUCUAUUGUAUACUUGAUUGCUGUGAAGGAUGUUUUGGUAUCUUUUGCACAGCUUCAAUUAAAAAAUUAAUCAUUUUAUAUUAGAUUCUUGUCUGACAAACAAUGUUUAGAAGUCGAAGUUGGUUUGGAGGUGGUUUGUGGAAGCCUAAGAACCCUCACUCUCUUGAACACCUAAAAUAUCUCUACAAUGUUUUAUCAAAAAACCAAAUUGUGUCUGAAAGCAACCGUGGCCUCUUAGUUGAGACACUUCGUUCCAUAGCAGAAAUUCUAAUCUGGGGCGAUCAAAAUGAUAGCAGUGUUUUUGAUUUCUUUCUGGAAAAGAAUAUGUUAUCAUUCUUCUUAAAAAUUAUGAAGCAGAAAUGUGGGAGUUAUGUUUGUGUCCAGCUUCUUCAGACCCUUAACAUAUUGUUUGAAAACAUUCGGAACGAGACCUCUCUCUAUUAUCUUUUGAGUAAUAAUCAUGUCAAUUCAAUUAUUGUUCACAAGUUUGAUUUUUCUGAUGAAGAAGUCAUGGCAUAUUACAUCUCCUUUCUGAAGACUCUUUCAUUGAAGUUGAAUGGACAUACUAUACAUUUUUUCUACAAUGAGCAUACGAACGAUUUUCCUCUAUACACAGAAGCAAUAAAAUUCUUCAAUCAUUCUGAAAGCAUGGUCAGAAUUGCAGUUAGGACUCUCACCUUAAAUGUUUACCGUGUUGAAGAUCGUUCAAUGUUGAGGUUUAUAAGAGAUCGCACUGCUGCACCUUAUUUUUCAAACCUUGUAUGGUUUAUUGGAAACCAUGUACUUGAACUAGAUGCAUGUGUUCGCAAUGACGCUGACCACCAAAGUAAAAAUCGUCUUGCCGACCUUGUUGCUGAACAUUUGGAUCAUCUCCAUUAUUUGAAUGAUAUAUUAUGUUUGGACAUAGCUGACCUAAACCAUGUGCUGACAGACCACCUACUGAACAAACUACUAGUUCCGUUGUAUGUAUUUUCUUUGGACCGACAAAAGGUGAAACUUUCUGCCUCUAAGAACUCCUCUCCUUAUGUGAGCAGCGUAGUGUCAUUAUUUCUACUAUCACAAGUCUUCUUAAUUCUCACUCAUGCUCCUUUGGUUGAUACAUUGGCAAAAAUUAUACUUCAUGCUGAUAGACUAAUCUUCAGUAACUCAUCUACACAGGACAAGAUUGUUCUUCUUCAACAGGGAAAAACUAGUGUCAUCCAGCCAGGCUUUUUGCCUCCUACAGAAUCGUUGGAAAUAUCUUUAGAAACCUCUUUGGAUGUGUCAUCAAGGUCAAUUAGUGGUGAUAGUGCUGACCUAGCAUCACCUUGCAUAUCUGAACCUCGCUCAAGGCAAUCUUCCAUCGAGGAGAGUACCAAUACAACAGAGCAAGGUUCUGAGGGAAAAGCUAAAAAUGAUAGUGAAGAUAUGAAUUUAAACAUAACAGACGAGGAAAAACACAUGCUCAAAGUUCUUGCUUGUCAGUCAGGUGCUGUUCCAUGCCCCUCUACUGUUAGUGGUGACGUUCAGGCAUUGAGCAGUGAGGGGCCUAUGCUGCUCAGCCCUGAAGGUCCAGUGCCUUUAGCACAGCCACUUAGCACUCAACCUUUCAUAGAAUCAGUUUAUAAUGCAUUGAACUGUCAAGAGAAUGAUUAUGCUGCUCUUUUUGCCUUGUGUCUUCUUUAUGCCUUUGGAAAAAACAAAGGCGUCAGCGGAGCUCUUUUACAUGGAGUGCUCUACCCUUGUCAAAGACCUGAAGGACCAUGCUCACCUUUAUCACAUCGAUACAAUGUGCCAGUAGUAGAACGGCUUGUUUCAGUAAUUACCUUGAGCUGUCAACCAAAUGCCAAAGUUAGGCUGGUAACACUUGAGUUAACAAUCAGGUUACUAACUCAAAUUGUGAUACAUGCAAAUUCAAGCUUUCUUCAGGACUGCCAUUUAGCAGCUAUUGAAGGUGCAAAAGAGGAGAGCAGUUCUGUUCUAAGAAAUUUUUAUAAGAGUGAAGAAAUAUUUUUGGACAUGUUUGAGGAUGAGUAUCAUGAGAUGAAAAAGAAACCCCUGAAUGUGGAGUGGCUUACUAUGGAUUCUAAUGUACUUUUGCCCCCAACUGGGACACCUUUAACUGGAAUUGAGUUUGGAAAACGGUUACCUUGUGGAGAAGUUGAAAGAGCUCGAAGAGCCAUCCGAGUAUUUCUAAUGAUUCGAGACUUGUCCCUAGUACUUGGUAUGGAAGAAGAACGAGCAUUACCACUUACAGACACCACUGCAUGUGUACAAGUUGACCAUGUUUUAAACUUAAAUAACAGUGAUCUUAUAGGAUGUACAGUUGUUUCAAAGGACGGGACCAGAGUGCAUCGAUUUCUUGUGAUAGAUGUUAUUCAGCUGAUCCUGGUAGAGCCUACACGCCGCCUUGGAUAUGGUGUGGCAAAACUGGUCGGAUUCCUUCAAGAUAUUGAAGUGACUGGUGACAAAGAUGACUCACGGUGCUUACAUAUCACAAUACACCAACCCCUAUCAUCCGGAGCAUCAAAGCGAGUUCCUCUAUUGGCCGCAAAAUUUAUCUUUGAUGAUCACAUUCGUUGUAUGGCUGCAAAGCAACGAUUGACAAAAGGUCGAUCAAAAGCACGGCAAAAGAAAAUGGUUCAAAUAGCUCGUCUCUUGGAUAUCCCUGCAUCCCAGCCCUCAGUUCCUUCUUCAGCUUACAAUCUUCUAACAGCUCGUCGACAAGAAUCAGCUCUAAGGGGUGGGGUCAGGAUAGCUGGUGGAAGAGAACAACGUCAGCUGUAUAAUAUUCAAAAGAUGCCUGGUCAUGCUGCAGCACUGCGUAGAGAAAGCACACCAUCUCCCAGCAAUACGUCAAAAUCACCUGAUAGGACGCGGGUCCGGGAAUCAAGUAGGUCUCGUGAAGUUUCCCCGAAGCCUCUUCGCCCUAGAAGUGAAGAGAUACCACUAGAGGAUAUAGCAAAAGUAAAAGAGCAGGGAGCCCUGCUUAAAGACACAGUUUCUGUCCCUUCCUCUUCUUCCGUCCUAGUACCAAAUUCCACUAGUUAUUCACCAUCCCAUAUGUCAUAUCAGACAGCUGCUGUUAGUGAGUCUGUUUCUACUGGAUCUUCAACAUCUUCAUCUAGUUCACCUCCUGAACAGUCAGAGGAAACAUCUUUCACUAGACAGGCUUCACAAGGCAGCAAAAACAGUGGUCAACGAAGACGGGGUCAAGUUGAAACUGUAUGACAUCAAAACUAAAAGGGUAUUGUUUUUGCUCAUUCUGAUGGAAUUCUAUUAACAAAGCCAGGAGAGACUGAUUAAGUUUUUUUUUUUGCUUGUUAUCAAUAUUUUUUAAUGCAGUAUUGGAACACAAUAGAUAGGUUACAUCACAUCACAUGAAUUCAGUAGCCAAGCCAUAACCCAUUUAAGGUGAUGUGAAGCUCAUUUAAUUUUUGUUUCAUGUUGUUCCUUUCUUCUGAAUUUCUUUUUUCUUUUGUAUUUUAGAAUGUAAGUUAAGUAAUUAUUAUGCGGGGCAUUCCAGUAUUUACUGUUCCUGAAUUUUAAUUAGUUGUGUGUAGUUUUCGUUUUGUGAGCAAGUUAAAUAAAUGCAAAGAAUCCUACGGCUUUUUAACACAAUGUGUGAUAUUGUUAAUGUUUAUGUGGUGUUUUAACACUUUAAAUUAAUGGUUGUGUGUAGUAAAUAAGCUGUUGAAUUUUGUGCGCUGGUACGUACUAUUUUGAAUUUAAUAGUUGAUUUCUGUUGCAUUUAAUGUGAAAAAGAAAAACUCUUAUGUGUCAACUGAUCUUGCAUCCAAGAGCAGUGAAAACAAUUCUUGUUAAAAUGGUCUCAAUGAGUUGGAAGUUGAAAAGUGUAUUUGAGUAACUAUAUUUUAAUAUAUUGCAUAACAAUUUAUAACUUUGUGGUUUCCGAAACAGUUUAUAUCAGUACUCUUUAGUGCUGGGAAAAAAGUGUUGCAGUAUUUUGCUUGGGCACAGUUGACCUAUAACUAUGUUUGAUUCUUAGAUAUAAAUGGCUUUUUUUGGUGAAGUAUGCUGCUGUAAAUGGAUUAUAGGGUGAUCUGUUUUCUUCAGAUGAUAUAAAUGUUUAUUUUUGUAAGAGAUCUA